GAUUUCGCCAUGAGAGCCUUUUGGAAGCAAGAGGGAGCCAGUCAUGAGGACCUGAAGAGGUUCUGGCAUAACCAGGCUUUCAGAAACAGGAGCAGAGACUUGGACAGGAUGGCCCACACAGAGAGAGCUCUGCCCUGGCUGCUGCUGCUGUCACUGGCCUUGAUGGGCAGCAGCACUGCAGAGCGGGACUGCCGAGUAAGCAGCUUCAAAGUCAAGGAGAACUUCGACAAGACCAGGUACAGUGGCACCUGGUAUGCUAUGGCAAAAAAAGAUCCUGAGGGGCUGUUUCUGCAGGACAAUGUCGUAGCCCAGUUCAGCGUAGAUGAGAAUGGACAAAUGACUGCCACUGCAAAGGGCAGAGUCAGACUCUUCAAUAACUGGGAUGUCUGUGCUGACAUGAUUGGCUCUUUCACUGACACAGAGGAUCCUGCCAAGUUCAAGAUGAGGUACUGGGGAGUUGCCUCUUUUCUGCAGAAAGGAAAUGAUGAUCACUGGGUAGUGGACACAGAUUAUGACACAUAUGCUCUUCAUUACUCCUGCCGCCAGCUAAAUGCAGAUGGCACUUGUGCUGAUAGCUACUCCUUUGUGUUCUCCCGGGACCCCAAGGGAUUGCCUCCAGAUGCACUGAAAAUUGUCAGACAAAGGCAGAUAGACCUCUGUUUGGACAGGAAAUACAGAGUUAUCGCUCAUAAUGGAUUUUGCUCUUAAGGAGAUCCAACCCUAUGGAAAGAAGCCAUGUAACAGCACCA